AUGAGACGCUCCAGCACCGACGAGACCCCGUACCGGCGCAGUCCGUCUCUGGACAGCAAGCCCGAGUCGCCGCCGUUCAACUCCGGCUUCCACCGCUUCAGCGGGGAGUUCGAGUACAAGCGACCGCCCUUCGCGUUCGGCUUCCACACGGCCACCGCCGGGCCGCGGGCCGCCAAGGGCCGCUGCGCCCCGCGCGGGAAGAAGUACGUGGUGUUUUACCUGGACCUGUCCUUCAUCUUCCUCCUAGAGCUACGGCGCUGCAGGAUGGCGGAGGGCUGCAUGAUGGCCCUGCGCUACGGGAUGGUCUUCUUCAACCUGCUGUUCUGGUUGGGAGGAUGCGGCAUUCUGGGAGUGGGCGUCUGGCUCUCGGUAACCCAGGGAAACUUUGCCACCCUGUCAUCAUCCCUUCCCUCCCUGUCGGCAGCCAACUUGCUCAUCGCGGUGGGCACUGUCAUCAUGGUGAUCGGCUGUUUGGGCUGCGUGGGCGCCGUCAAAGAGAGCCGCCCCCUGCUGCUCACGUUCUUCAUCCUCCUCCUGCUCAUCUUCUUCCUGGAGAUUCUGUCCAUCAUGCUUUUCUUCAUCUACCGAGACGAGAUCGACCACUACGCCCAGAAGGAUCUGAAGAAAGGCCUCCAGCUGUUCGGCACCGAGGGCAACGUGGGCCUCACCAACGCCUGGAUGAUCGUACAGACCGAUUUCCGAUGCUGUGGAGUCACCAACCACACCGACUGGUUUGAAGUGUACAACGCGUCCCGCGUGCCCGACUCCUGCUGCCUGGAGUACAGCGACAACUGUGGGCUGGACAACCCGGGGACGUGGUGGACGGCGCCGUGCUACGAGCGCGUGAAGGACUGGCUUCACGAGAACCUGGUGGCCCUUUGGAUCUUCGCUCUGUGCACAGCACUUACUCAGAUCCUGGGCCUGGUGUUCUCCAUGACGAUGUUCUGUCAGGCGGUGAAAGUAGAGACCUUCUACGCCUAGAGAUCGACCUCUCUGACCUUCAGCACACUUGGAUUGUUUCUCAUCAGAGAGGGAACGGAUAUAGACCCACCGUCCUCCUCUUCUUCGUCCUCUUCCUCCCCCCCGACAGACUCUUCUUUCCUCGUCCUCUUCGUGACAUUCCCUCUCGGAUGUCACCUCUUCACAGUGUUUUCCGCCAACUAUCCACAAGCACCGUGUCCGUGUACCUGAGUUUGGUUUCUUAUGGUUUGCUCUUUGUCCCCAAAAAAAAGCUACUUUUUUUGUGAUACAUUUUAUGAAGCAGUAUUAUGAACUAUGUAUAAGAAGAAAGAAAGAAAGAAAUGUACCACCCUUUUUUAAAAUAUGUGUUUUGUUCUAAAUUAUUUGAGGGUUUGUGUUCUCACAACGAGAGCGAUGCAGUCGGGGACCGUGUGAAGUGAUGCAAGUGCAUGUCUCCUGCCAUGGUGCGUAUUAAAUGUUUCGGCUCGACUGAA